UUGUCUCCGGGUCCUGGAGGACAUGGCAUGGGGAAACUGAGGGAAGAACCGUUGAAAAAGAAGACAAAAAUACAUGUAGGACUGCAAGGACUACAGUCGAAACACUGACAAGGAGAAUCCCAUGCGUUCGGUUUAUCGAAAGAAGGGUGGCGGAUCGAGACACUGACUUCACACUGGUUUGAGGAGACAACUGAGAGGAGCUGGGAGAAAUGAUCACUUUCGUAUGAGCAGUGUGUCAAAUCUAAGCUGUUGAGUCGCUCUGCCACGUCCUGCUCUCAGGUUCUCCAGUCCGUUCCCCUCCCUCCAUCAGUGGUGGUGACCCUACGCCGGACAGCUUGCUGGAGGGCUCUUCCUGAGCAGCAGCAGCUGCGUCCUGCUUGCUGACUCCCGUCCCUCCCCUGCUUCCUGUCCUUGGUCAGACAAGGCUAAAGACUCCUCUACCCUCACCCCACCCCUCAUUUCUGUCAGUCUCUCGUACUCUCACACACUUAAGGCGGUUCUUUUGGGGUUUUUUCGUCACAAGUUCAGACGGUUUGACGGUACCACUGCUCUUUGGAGAUAAUUGGCAGGUGAAUUUUCGACUCCUUGGACUGACUUGGGGUGACCGUUCGCCACAGAGCUCUUCCUCUUUCACCUACAGCACAGCUUGCAGCAUGACCUCCAUGUCCAGCCUCUUCUCCUUCACAAGCCCGGCGGUCAAACGCCUGCUCGGCUGGAAGCAAGGAGAUGAGGAGGAGAAAUGGGCAGAGAAGGCAGUGGAUGCGCUUGUGAAAAAACUGAAAAAGAAGAAAGGUGCCAUGGAGGACCUGGAGAAAGCCCUGAGCUGUCCCGGACAGCCCAGCAAGUGUGUUACCAUCCCCAGGUCACUUGACGGUCGCCUACAGGUUUCCCACAGGAAAGGUCUUCCUCAUGUCAUCUACUGCAGAGUGUGGCGCUGGCCAGACCUUCAGUCCCACCAUGAGCUCAAGCCUUUAGAGGUAUGCGAGUACCCAUUUGGCUCCAAACAGAAGGAGGUCUGCAUCAACCCAUAUCACUACAAGCGAGUGGAGAGCCCAGUGCUCCCUCCUGUCCUGGUACCGCGACACAGCGAGUUCAACCCUCAGCACAGUUUGCUCGUACAGUUUCGCAACCUCAGCCAUAAUGAGCCGCACAUGCCCCUGAACGCCACUUUUCCAGAGUCCUUCAACCAGCCCCACAGUGGGGGAGGCAGCAGCAGCAGCGGCGGUGGCGGCGGCGGCUCUUUCAUAUCUCCCAACUCUCCAUAUCCUCCUUCCCCGGCCAGCAGCGGUACAUACCCAAACUCUCCUGCCAGCUCGGGACCCUCCAGUCCAUUCCAGCUCCCAGCUGACACCCCACCCCCGGCCUACAUGCCCCCCGAUGAGCAGCUGGGCCAGGAAAGCCAGUCCAUGGAGACGAGCAGCAGCCUAGUGCCACAGAACAUGCCCAGAGGUGAUGUUCAACCUGUGGAGUACGAAGAGCCGAGCCACUGGUGCUCCAUUGUGUACUAUGAACUUAACAACCGCGUUGGAGAGGCCUACCAUGCGUCUUCGACCAGUGUGCUGGUGGACGGCUUCACCGAUCCGUCGAACAACAAAAACCGCUUCUGCCUGGGCCUGCUGUCCAACGUCAACCGCAACUCCACCAUCGAGAACACCCGCAGACACAUUGGCAAAGGUGUGCACCUGUACUACGUGGGAGGCGAGGUGUACGCCGAGUGCCUCAGCGACACCAGCAUUUUUGUCCAGUCCCGUAACUGUAAUUACCACCAUGGCUUCCAUCCCACCACCGUGUGCAAGAUCCCCAGUGGGUGCAGCCUGAAGAUUUUCAAUAACCAGGAAUUCGCUCAGCUGCUGGCCCAGUCGGUCAACCAUGGCUUUGAGGCGGUUUACGAGCUCACAAAGAUGUGCACAAUUAGGAUGAGCUUUGUCAAGGGCUGGGGAGCAGAGUAUCACCGACAGGAUGUCACCAGCACCCCCUGCUGGAUUGAGGUGCACCUGCACGGGCCCCUCCAGUGGUUGGACAAAGUGCUCACGCAGAUGGGUUCACCUCUUAACCCCAUCUCCUCAGUGUCCUAAUAAUGGAUUUUUUAGGAGCAUGGGAAGCCCUUUAACUUUUAAUUUUUUUUAAAUUUCACUAUUCCCCUCCCCCCAUUUUCUUUCUUGUUUUUUUCCAUGUCAAUCUCAUUUCUCUCCCUCCACUGAUUUUAUAAUUUAAAGCUGUCUUAAUGGCUGAACUGUUUACACUUACUUUGGGAAGGGAUAUUGAACUCUGGCUGGAAAUUCAUCAGCAGCCGCAGCCGAUGUGGUCCUUUUUGCCAGAGAAUACCCGGAGAAAUCGAGGGACGGGGUAACGCCCGAGCAGAACUUCCAACAUGGACACACUACUGUUUGACAGUGCUUCAAUACUUGCAAGAUAAAGGGGCCCACGUCAAGCUGAAUCUGUCUUUUUAUUUUAUUUUUCAUCAAGUUUUAUUGUUUUUGACAAAUGAUUUUAUUACUAUUUGUGUAGUUUUUAAAUGAGCAGAACAGUUUGCUUCUGCCUGACAAUUGGAAAUUAAUGGAACACUUUUCUUACAAUUUUGACUCAAUGUCAGUUAUUUCAGUUAAGAUAUAGGCACGAUUAUGUUUACCAUUAGAUUCAAAUAUAACAGAUGCUUUCCUUUUUUAUAGUCUACUGCUAGAAAAUGGACACUGAGCUACUGCCUUUUAAGAAAGUUAUGUACGCCAACAUGAUAGUUUUUGAUAUGGGAAAUCACUGAACAAGUUUAACAUGCCAUAAGCUAACAACAUUGUGAAUGUUACAUCUAUUGCAAUAGAGGUAGUCAAAUUGUAACCAGAGAAUGGACACCAUCAUUAUGAUUCUACUUUGUACUUUCAAGUUCAAGUAAGAGUGGCUGUAUUUUCCAAACUCACUGUAUUAACAAUAUUGUGCACUCAUGGAUUUUGUGGAGGCAUAUUAAAUUUUGGCGUGGGUACCAAGGCAUUAUGUUGAUAGAUAAUUGACUUCAUUAGCUCAACUAAAUAAACAGGUUAUUUGGUAACGAUUAUCAACGUUUUUUUGUGCUUCUAGUCUGGAUCUGUUUUAUACUCAGUAUGUGUAAAAUGUGAAAUUAUUAAUUCCAUUUUUCACCAACAUUUGACCACCUACCUUCAACUUAUUUAGCUAUAUUUCCUAAAGGGAAUUUUUACCGAGAACUUUGUUACUUUUGAUGGCCCAUUUUUACUUUGGUUGAAUAUGUACAUCCCCAGUUUUUGAGCACCUCAGUUCCAAAUUUAAACUGAAUUAAAAUAUUUAAUGAUAUACUAGUGCAUUUGUGGUCCAACUGAAACUGAUAGUAAUCUUUCAAUUCAAUUAAAAAUAUUUCAUUAAUCCUCAAGGGAAAUUAUAUGCUGAUGUAACUCAUUUAGUUGAGAAGUUGAAGAUUGUGAUGAACAGGAAAGACCAGUUAAUGGCUGUGUUUGCAGUUUAGAAUUGAAAUGAAGAUCAGCCGGAACUCCUACCUGUCAAAUCAGGUUAU